AUGUGUUCGCGAGUAUUCAAGGGCAUCUUUGGAGGCAGUCUAAUCGGCUUCUUCCUUCGUAUUCUAGUAUUGCUAGCAAUGAUUGGGGGCUUAUUGCUAUACGUUUACCAUAACCCCAAUGCACCUGCUUCUACAGACGAGUCAUCUACAAACAGCCCGUCUACAGAUGUUAACUACCACAGACCCACCAAGGCACAUAUAGUGCCCGGCCCAACAAUGGCAGAGCCGCCAACUCGGUACUACAGAAGCGCCCUCUCCAACGGAAUGUUUGCGCUUGUCGGCGAGAAUAGUAACUUUGCCGACUGUUCAGUUGUUCUUUCAGUAAAUGUGGGCAGCAUUCAUGAUCCAGUUAGUCGGCCCGGGCUGUCUCAUUUACUGGAGAAGACAAUUGUAGCUUUGCCUGAUCCAAAUAUACAGCGAGAGCACAUUCGAAGGUUUGUUGCACACCACCACGGAACGUUUUCAUCUCAAACCCAACUAGGCAAGACUGUUUACCGAUAUACUAUUCCUGAGAAGCACUUGGAAGAGUCUCUAUACCUCUUUGUCGAAUUGUUCCAAACUCUAUCAACAGAUGCCAAUUCUCUUGGCCAAAGGUGCCAGGACCUAGAAAAGCUGUUUGAAUACGUGCGAGUCGAGCCCCGUGCCCGGUUACAAGCUCUUGCUAAGCACCUUGUUGCCGACCAAUUCUUCUAUCUCCAGCGGGCAUUUCAGGGAUCAGCUAAUACUUUGCGAGAUGUCACCACCAACGAAAUCUCGAGUUUCUGGCGCCACUAUUAUCAUCCCGCCAAUAUGCGGCUGACUAUUCAGGGACCAGCCCUAGCAGACAAUGUCAUCUACUACAUCCAGAAGUAUUUUGGCCAGAUAGCUUUAGGGAAUAUCGAGCCUUGGCCCUUUGCGGAUAGCCCAGUAAUUGAGGAAAGUCAUUUCAAGAAAGACCAGACAGAAAUCCGCCUAGAAGUUGCCAGUAAAGCUACGCGGAACUCUUUAAUCGUUUAUUCUUCAGUAGGCGAGUAUGCAGGGUUUGCAGCACUUAGCAUUCAUAUCUAUCUGCCCUUUUAUCUUACAUCCUUAGAACUCAAAGACUUCCUAGAGCUCUACAAACUCGCCUGCUUGCAGCCAACCAAGAACCUUGGGUACAUCUUACUCAGCCACGGCAUUAUCCACGACAUUUCUUUUGACUGUUUUGAGUUUACUGACGACAUUGCUAGUAUUGUGGUUAGACUUGAACUAGUCUCUCUAAGUAGCCAGACCAUUGCAACAGUAUUAAGCCUGUUUGAGCACCAAAUGAAGACACUAUACCAGGCAUUAACAGAAAACAACAUUGAGGGCACUUAUCUCAAGAUUAAACAAGCCAAGACCGAAAAUACUAGUUUCGUCCAGUACUUGAAGAAUCUCCGCAACAAAGCCGAACAGGUCCGAAACCUCAACCCAAACGAGCUAACCAGCCAACCCAACUACCAGAUCAUGCUCCAGCACUUCCUCGCGGUCGCCCAGGACCGAUCUAAUUGGCAGCUCUUUUUAGAAACCACUCUCAAACAUCAGCUGCAAACUAUUGACACCGAUCUAGGAUCUGCCAAUCAAAACCCUCCAACCCCGACCCAAAAGAGCAACCAGACCGACCCAGACUCGGCUCUGCCUACUGAAUCUGCCCCAAAACCGGAUCCUAGCGCCGGCUCAGACAAAACCGAGACCGAAACAUCUAAUAACGCACCAAGCACUCAAUCAACCCAAUCAACUAGCGGUGUUGUCAUGAUACCACAUUGGUUUAUCGCAUACCAAGUUAUCCCGUAUGACCCUACCGUUAGUCAGGACAUAGAGAGCCUCAAAGCCUUUAUUACACCCGACGACCUCUUUACCUACACUAGCAUAAACUUUACCAGUCUCUACUUCCAUGAUCAGACUUGCCCGCCCGGCAUAAUUGUCAAAAACAUACCCCGUACACCAGUACAGCACUUGUUCUACAACAACCAGCUCCUCCAGCUAAAUUACAGCAACAUUCCGGUUUGUGUUAUUCCGCCCCAGGACAACCCCACCCACCUCCAAAUCACUAUCAUUAUUGGUCUGCAGGCGCAAUCAAACAAGCCCGAGUGGUAUAUCUAUCUGUCCGGGUACAUCACAGCCUUUAUCAAAAAGACCAAACUCGCUCUCUACGCUCAAAUGCAUGCAUCCGACGUUGACUUUGAUAUAAUUCUCCGAACAGCCUAUCUGGAGUUUAAGUUUACCGGCACCCCGCUAGUUCUUGAAGUACUGAUUAAGAAUGUUCUAGAGGACUUCCUUUCCAUGCCAGCCUCGCUAUUAAAUGACAGUCAGCACUGUAUACUCUCUGACGAAGUUAAGCUCCAGCGAAUGUCAGCGUUAGACCGAUUCCGUGUCUAUCUCCAACGAAUCCCGUACGGCGCUCAGGAUAUAGAAGCUACGCAGAAAGCCCUCAGUCUGGCCAAUAACAAUACAAUUAUCACAUUGACCAAUCUCCCAAUCAAAGUGUAUGCCACUGGCAAUGUCGACACCACGUACCUCCAGCGUAUUUGUUGGCACCUCAGCUACACUCUUAAGCCGCAACAGCUAGGCACUCUCUUCAAUACCCGGCCCGCUAAUCUCAUCACUUCAUCCCCGCCAGUCCGCACCAUACAAACUACGCAUAGUGGCAAGGCUGGCCAGGUUGCAUGCUGUCGUGCUGUUUCUAACACAUCCACCCAAAAUGCCUUCCUAGCCGAACUAGUCACUUCGAUCUAUGACAUAAAAUUCCCCAAUCAGCUAGCUCAUUGUGCUACUCCAACCGAAUUAGUCGGUAUUACAACCAUCCAUGAAUACGGUACUAGUUUCAUUGUCCCCUAUGCAAACACUAUGGUACCCAUCGAGGUAUUCUAUGCCGAAGGCAAUAAGCUCUUCCACCCCUUUCACACAGACUUAGUCAAACUAUCACAUAAUGCUAAGCACAUGGCUAUCAAAACUGCUCUCCGCAACGUAUCCCUAAACACCGACCUCUGGAUCCAACUUGACCUAUUCGCCCCGCCCUCCCUCGAUAUUAGCCACAUCCCCAUCACCAACAUCUUUGGCCGACAAACACUAACUAGCAUUGAAACCACGAUCUUCCCACCUAACUAUAUCCGCAACCAGCUUACCAGUAUCUCAGUUACUUCUGUUAGAACAGCCGAUUCCACCUCGUCUCCUAAGGCAUCGCCCACACCUAAUGACACCGCCCCCAGCAUGGAUUCCGCAUCCAACCUAUCCGAAAGUUACACUAACGGCUUCGUUACUGUAGACCCCGAACCAUUACAGGACACCCCAGAAUCCCAUGCCUCCUAA